AUGAGUAGUGUGUUCAACAAGAUCUACCCGGCCGCUAGCAGCAACAGCAGCAGCAACAGCGGCGAUAGCAGCAACAAAAACAUGGCUUCACAACAACUAGAGACACCACAACAAUCGUCUAAGCUGCCACAGCAACCGUCUAAGCAACCGCAGCAGCCGUCUAAGCAACAGACAGUGACAGUGUAUAAGUCUGAUUCAACAAAAACGACAUUGUUAAAAAACAGCAGCUUAAGCUGUCAACAGGGUUAUUUUUCAAAUAUGUCUUCAACGCCGAGUAGAAGAUUUGUUCUGACGUCCUCGGUGACGAGCGGAAGCGCUA